UUUGAAAGUCUUGUUGAUUCUGGGGAGCGGGGAGCGCGGCGCGAGCGUCACGCCAGGCAGCGUCCCGCGCGCCCUCUCCUCCGCGCCCGCCGCCGCCUCCCGGAGCGCCCUCGUGCCCACGCGCGCCAGGCCCGCGGCGGCCGCGACCCUUGGCCGCCAGCAUGUCCUCCUCGGGCCCUGCGGCGGAGGGAGAGGGAACCCCCGAGCAGCCCGCGUCCGAGAAGGAGCCCGACAUUCCCGGCCCGAAAGAGGAAAGCGAGGAGGAGGAGGAGGAGGACGAAGACGAGGAGGAGGACGAGGACGAGGAGGAAGAGAAAGAAAAGAGUCUCAUCGUGGAAGGCAAGAGGGAAAAGAAAAAAGUAGAGAGGCUGACAAUGCAAGUCUCUUCUUUACAAAGAGAGCCAUUUACAAUUGCACAAGGAAAGGGGCAGAAACUGUGUGAAAUUGAAAGGAUACAUUUUUUUCUGAGUAAGAAGAAAACAGAUGAACUUAGAAAUCUACAUAAACUACUUUACAACAGACCAGGCACAGUUUCCUCAUUAAAGAAGAAUGUGGGUCAGUUCAGUGGCUUUCCAUUUGAAAAAGGAAGUACCCAAUAUAAAAAGAAGGAAGAAAUGUUGAAAAAAUUUAGAAAUGCCAUGUUAAAAAGCAUCUGCGAGGUUCUUGAUUUGGAGAGAUCAGGUGUAAACAGUGAACUGGUGAAGAGGAUCUUGAAUUUCUUAAUGAAUCCAAAGCCUUCUGGCAAACCAUUGCCAAAAUCUAAAAAAACUUCUAGCAAAGGCAACAAAAAGGAACGGAACAGUUCUGGAAUGACAAGGAAAGCAAAGCGAACCAAAUGUCCUGAAAUUCUGUCAGAUGAAUCUAGCAGUGAUGAAGAUGAAAAGAAAAACAAAGAAGAGUCUUCAGAGGAUGAAGAUAAAGAAAGUGAAGAGGAGCCACCGAAAAAGACAUCUAAAAAAGAAAAACCUAAACAGAAAGCCACUUCUAAAAGUAAAAAAUCUGUAAAGAAUGCUAAUGUGAAAAAGGCAGAUAGCAGUACCACCAAGAAGAAUCAAAACAGUUCCAAAAAAGAAAGUGAAUCUGAGGAUAGUUCAGAUGAUGAACCUUUAAUUAAAAAACUGAAGAAACCUCCUACAGAUGAAGAGUUAAAGGAAACAGUAAAGAAAUUAUUGGCCAGUGCUAACUUGGAGGAAGUUACAAUGAAACAGAUUUGCAAAAAGGUAUAUGAAAAUUACCCUGCUUAUGAUUUAACUGAAAGAAAAGGUUUCAUAAAAACAACUGUUAAAGAGCUAAUUUCUUGAGAUAGAAGACAGAGACAGAUGACUUGUUCCAUGGAUUUAAAGAUUUCGUUUAUACCAUUAUACCAGCAAAGAGAAUGUAUUUCCUUUUCUAAAUGCUUGCAAGCAUUGUGUUGGUAGAAUUUGCUGCUGACUUUUUUUAUCUUGGGUGUUAACAUAAAUUUGCAUUUGCCAUUUUUUAAAUUGCAUUUCUAUGCAGUUUUUAGUUUAAAAUUUUGCAUGGCAGUAAUUGUUCCUUGCUUUUAUAGUUGCAUUUUGUACAUUUUGGAUUUCUUUAUAUAAGGUCAUAGGUUCUUGAACUGUUAUAGUUAUUAGUGCAGUUAAUACUAGCUUGUUUAAGACAUUUUUAAUUGAGGACAGAAACUAUUAUAACUGGCAUUUAUACAUGCAGAAACCAAUGCAGUAUUUAGAAUAUGACAUAUUUUGAAUACAACACAUGUCAGUGUAAAAACUCAAUGGCAGUGUGUUCAUCAUAUUAAGAAUGUACAAACUUUAGCUGUCCAGAUGAGUAAAUUGGAACUUUUCUCCUGCAUGUAUAGAUAUGUCAAUUUGUCAGCAUGACAAAAGUGACAUGUUAUUUUUGUAUUUUCAAAAACAAAUUGGUUGUAUAUAGUUUUUUUAUUUCUUUUGUGAGAUCAAUUUUUAAACCCGUAUAGAUAGGUAUCUUUACAGUCAUAAACUGAAAUGUCAGUGUUCAGCCAGAUGGUAUCACAGAGCAGUGGUGUCAGAAUUCAGUAAAGAAAAACUGAAGGACACAGAUCUCUACUUUGCUUUGAAAGUGUCAUCAAUUUUUAGUUUUAGUUUCAAUUCUGCAACCAUUGUCUGUAGACACAUUUUCUAUUAAGGAUAGACCAAAAUCAACACAUCAGAUUUUCAAAAAUUUAGGGAAAAUUGGGAUUAAGUACAAGAACAUUGGCUUAUAAUAAAUGACUGAUUGUUUAUUAACUGCUUUUGCCCGUAUAAAAUGCUGGUAUUUACAGGAAACCUGGACCUUUAUAAUUAUGACAAAAAGUACAAGGUGUAAUGCCAGAAGAAGAUAUUGUGUAGGCAGUAGUAUCUCUGACAAAAUAUUUCUCAAAAAUGGUAAGACUUAUUUUUAACAUUAAGGAAAUUUAAUGUGUCUGUGGAAUUAGAGCUAUUAGGUUUUAAAUUUUGGCUAAUCAGGAUUCUAGGUGAUUCAACAUACGGGCCACCCCUGAAUGAAACUAAUUUGUCUUUUAAAUUGACUGUCUUAAUCAGUUUAAUAAUUUCUGAAUUUUAAAAAAUGCUGCUUAUGAGAGAAUUAGGCCUUUUGAUAAACCAUUUGAGUAUUUAAAAUAAAAUUAUCUUUGCAUCAUAGAACAGAAAUAUGUAAACAUCUGUUGGUUGUUAACAGGUAUUUUCACAGUUUGAUUUGUUUCUUGAUAAAGUUGUUAAGACGUUAGAAAAAGAUACACUUAAUAAACGAAUGAAAUAAACUAAGACCUACGAAUUGGCUUUUGAUUUUAAAUAUAACUUGUUCCUAUAAACUUUGUCAAUAAAAGUAAUGAACAUG